AUUGGUGGGAAUGGGGAAUAGGUGUGGCAUUUUCAACUCAUUUCUUGUCUUUUCGUGUUCGUUUUCGUUACUAAAGGAAGACAAAAUGGAGUGUGGUGGUUGCGAAUUAAGAUUUACAGAAAGUUUCGGAUUGUGCUUAAAUCAGGGUAGUGCAUUAGAUUUUAUGAUUAAACACGGAAUUAUCAAAGACAAAAUGGUACCUUGCAGAAUUCUACUUCAAAAGAAGAUUUCCCGAUAAGGAGAGAAUGCAUGCAUUCUUUACCGCUGCCGCAUAGUUAUAUCCACCUAGUUAUUAAGAUUUUAUCUAUUACCAUUACCUGUUAUUUAAGAUCAUGCGUUGCUUUUUCUGGAAAGAACCGCAUAUUGGGAGUUGCGGCCAAAAACCAGCAAGUCACCAAUAUGAAAAACACUGUAUAUGGGCUAAAAAGGCUGUUAGGUAGAAAAUUUAGGGAUCCUCAUGUCAAAAAAGAAAUUCAAUUUUUACCAUAUACAGUUGUAGAAGAAAAAAAUGGGGGUAUAGGAAUUAAGGUAAAUUAUUUAAAUGAAGAACAUAAAUUUUCUCCAGAACAGUGUUUGGCCAUGUUGUUAACAAAAUUAAAAGAUAUUGCUAUGACAGCUCUACAAACUCCCAUAAAUGAUUGUGUUAUAUCAGUUCCUUCUUACUUUACGAACAAUGAGAGGAAGGCACUAUUAGAUUCUGCAGCUAUAGCAGGUCUUAAUACUUUAAGGUUAUUUAAUGAAACAACAGCUACAGCCUUGUCAUAUGGUAUUUACAAACAGGAUUUACCUUCUCCUGAAGAAAAACCUCGUAACAUUAUCUUUGUUGAUUGUGGCCAUUCAUCUUUACAAGUUUCUGCAGUUGCAUUUAAUAAAGGCAAAUUGAAGAUGCUUACCACUGCUUCAGAUCCCAAUUUAGGUGGUAGGGACUUUGAUCUCAUCAUUGCUGAGCAUUUUUGCAAACAAUUCCAAACCAAAUACAACAUUGAUGCAAAAUCUAAUCCAAGAGCUUUUCUAAGAUUGCUAACGGAGGUAGAAAAGUUGAAGAAGCAGAUGUCUGCAAAUUCUACAACCUUACCACUUAACAUAGAAUGUUUCAUGAACGAUAAAGAUGUGUCCAGUGACAUGAAGAGAGUAGAUAUGGAAACUUUAUGUGCUCAUCUGUUUGAAAGAGUUGAAAUAAGCUUAAAGCAAUGUCUCAAACAAUCAGGAUUGUCAUUGGAUGAUGUUCACUCUGUAGAAAUAGUGGGCGGAUCUAGCAGAGUACCUGCUAUUAAACAAUUGAUAGAGAAAGUAUUCCACAAAGUACCAAGUACUACUUUAAAUCAAGAUGAAGCUGUGAGCCGUGGUUGUGCUCUACAAUGUGCUAUGCUAUCUCCUGCUAUAAGAGUUCGGGAUUUCAGCGUAACAGAUGUUCAGGCGUACCCGAUUUCUGUAGCAUGGGAUGCAAGUCCAGGAGGUGAAUCUGCUGGGGAGAUAGAGGCAUUCCCUCUUAAUCAUGCAGUUCCAUUCUCAAGAAUGUUGACAUUCUAUAGACAGGAGCCAUUUACCAUUAGAGCAAAAUACAGUGGAAACAUCCCAUAUCCCGAUAAUGAUAUAGGUACCUGGGUUAUAAAAGACAUAAAACCGAAUUCUGAAGGAAAGCCGCAGAAAGUGAAAGUAAAGGUCCGAGUAAACCUCCAUGGAAUCAUGUCUAUAUCGAGUGCUAGUAUGUACGAAGCAAAAGAGUCAGUUGAACCAGAGAGUCCGGAAGAACAACAGAAAGAGGCACAGGUGAACAGUAAUGACCAACAAAAUGGCGGUGUGCAGACUAAUGAGGGUGGCGAGUCGAUGGAAACGACCAACGAAGGAACAGGAGCCAACAGUGGAGAAGGUGCUGUUCCUGAGGAAGGAAGCGACAAAAAGAAAAAACAAUCCGUAAAAUCCAUAGAAUUACCAAUCGAAUCUCUUACCACCGGUUUCUCUCAAGUAGAAAUAAAUCAUUUCACUGAGCAGGAAUUUAAAAUGAUCGCUUCUGAUCGACAAGAGAAAGAACGCGCUGACGCUCGAAAUGCAUUUGAAGAAUAUGUUUAUGAAUUGCGUAACAAAGUCAGUUCUGAUGGAGAUUUUGCACCGUUCAUGCCUGAAAAUGAUAGAAAUACUUUGGUGUCGCAGUUAGAUGAUAUGGAAAAUUGGCUUUAUGAGGAUGGCGAAGAUUGUAAUAAACAAGUAUAUAUUGAUAAAUUGCAGCAGUUAAAAAGUAUUGGAGAACCUGUUCAAACUAGAAAAAUAGAAUAUGAACUAAGACCUGUGGUUAUUGAGGAUUUUGCUAAAUCGUUACAAUUAUGUAUGAAAGCUUUGGAAUUGAUCAGAUCAAAAGAUCCAAAAUAUGCUCACCUAACUGAAGAAGACUAUAAUAAAGUAGAAGAUGCAUUUAAACAUUACUACCAAUGGUUAGAGCAGACUAGAGCAAAAUUGAGCUCGGCUCCUAAUCACUUGCCACCACCUGUAACUGUAGCGCAGAUCAGACAGGAAAAGUCAAGUUUCGAAAAUUCCGUAAAUUCAAUACUUAACAAACCACCACCAAAAGCUCCAUCUCCCCCAAAGGAGGAAAAGGCUGCAGAACAACAAAAUUCGCAAGAACAUACAGAAUCGCCGAAAAAUGCAAAAAACGAUGAAAAUAUGGAGUGGUCGUCAAAUUAGAUUAAUUAGGUGUUUUUUUGUAAUUAAAAAUGUCGCUAGAUUCGACGAUAUAACAAAUAUUAAAAUAUGCUUAAUAUAUCUGAUGUAUUAAAUUUGACUUUCCGAAAGAAUGUGUAUUAUUUUAUUUGCCACUAUUUCAGAUUUACAUUUUAAUUUUUUAUACUGUGUUGAGUAGCUUAUUUCUCAUGUUUAAUUUAUUUUUAAUUGCGAAAUUAAUGUAUCACAGUUUAUGUCACACCCUGUAAUAAUUAAACAUCAUUCUUUAGCAAAACUUAGUGUAUGGUAAAUAUAAUUUAAAAAAUAAAAUGUCCUUAAACUUGUU